CUUUCUGUGAUUCUAUGAUUCAUCUUGGAUGAAGGGUCUUCCAAGUGGCCAAGAGGGCUCUGGUUCACCCUGGGCUGAGUUCUUGAGCCUCUGACAAAGCCUCAGCUAAGCCCAGGCUUGGACUGCUGUUUGCAGCACACUGCUGGCUCAACUUCUGUCCUUUAAAACUCUCCACUUGCUCAUGCAGAAGAGCAGCCAGCUUCUUCAGCUCCCUUUCCCCUUCUUUUUGGACUGCUGGUAUCCAGGUCUCCCUUCUAUGAUCCUGCGAGGAUAAUGCAGCUUACUGCCAGCAACUUUAUUUUAAAAGAAAUAUAAAUAAUUUCCUCUCAACACCUCAAAUCAGCAGGAAUCCCUGCUGGGUGACUUUGGGACCACCAAGAGAUAGAGGCACUGCUAAAAAAUAUUCAUCUUAAAAAGCAUACAUGCACUGUGGGCCCCUUCCAACUCAGGAUAUUCUAUGAUCAGAUAAAAAAUGUGGAGGAUGAAGGUAAGUAAUAGAAUAUUACAUGCACUGGUGCAGCCAUAGUGUCUGCUUGACCCAAAGGAGGACAGCCAAGUUGUCCAGAACUGGAUUAUUGUUGUUCCUCUAAAACUGAAUUGAAAGAGGGAGAAAUGGCCACAAUUUCUCCCCGUGAAAAACCUGAGGAUGGCCAGAGGACCAGCAGAUGGCAGAGCUGGAGCGUGGCUGGGCUGUGCUGGUUGCCUGAUAGAUGCUCUGCUUUGUUCCCAAACACCCAGAUCCCAAGGCUGCACCUACGGAUGUUAGGAUAAGAGUUCUAAACAGCACUGCCAUUGCUCUGACAUGGACCCGUGUGCACCUGGACACCAUCCAGGGACAGCUUAAGGAGUACAGAGCCUAUUUCUGGAGAGACAGUAGUUUGCUGAAGAACCUGUGGGUCUCCAAAAAAAGACAGUAUGUGAGUUUUCCUGGAGACCGAAACCGGGGCAUAGUGUCCCGGCUGUUCCCUUACAGCAACUACAAGCUUGAGAUGGUUGUAACCAACGGGAGAGGCGAUGGGCCCCGCAGCGAAGUCAAGGAGUUCCCCACACCUGAAGGAGUGCCCAGCUCCCCCAGGUACUUAAGAAUCCGACAGCCAAAUCUGGAAAGCAUCAAUUUGGAGUGGGAUCACCCAGAACACCCCAAUGGAGUCCUCACGGGAUACAACCUUAGAUACCAAGCCUUUAACGGAUCCAAAACGGGCAGAACCCUGGUAGAGAACUUCUCUCCCAACCAGACAAGGUUCACCGUGCAGAGGACAGACCCCAUCUCGCGCUAUCGAUUCUUCCUGCGUGCUCGGACACAGGUGGGAGAUGGAGAAGUCAUAGUGGAAGAGUCACCAGCACUGCUGAAUGAAGGUGAGUGCAGGGCAGCUCCUGGCACUGGGCUGCAGGUGAUGAUACAAGCGUUGGUCAAGAAGUGCAGCUCAGAGGAUCCAGUGAUCCUCAGCCCAAAGCAACCCAGUGUCAGAUAACUGGUGUAUGUCUGCUGCCUACUGCAGCAAUGGGCAGACAGUCCUGUGUGCUCUUGCUUGAUUACCCUAAAUAUGUCUCUUUAGGAUUGGAUAUUAGGAACAAUUUCUUCUCAAGAAGA